CAGCCUUCCUCGCCACCUCAAUAGAACGUUUAGCUCUUGACGCCACGUUCGAAGAAGAGAACCUUGAGCUCCGUAACGUUCUGCAUUUAAAGGAGCCGCAGCGUUGGUCUAGUAUAAUAUUUUUUCCCAAACAAAAGUGAUUUUUCUUUUUUAAAAAAGAAAAAUGAGGGAAAUCGUACACAUUCAAGCUGGGCAAUGUGGUAACCAGAUCGGUGCUAAGUUCUGGGAGGUGAUCAGUGAUGAGCAUGGAAUUGACCCCACUGGGACCUACCAUGGGGACAGCGACCUACAGCUUGACCGCAUCAGUGUUUACUAUAAUGAGGCCACUGGUGGAAAAUACGUCCCCCGUGCUAUCUUGGUUGAUUUGGAGCCAGGAACUAUGGACUCAGUAAGGUCUGGGCCGUUUGGCCAGAUUUUCCGGCCAGACAACUUUGUUUUUGGCCAGAGUGGAGCUGGGAACAACUGGGCUAAAGGCCACUACACAGAAGGCGCUGAACUGGUAGAUUCCGUCCUGGAUGUGGUGAGGAAGGAAGCAGAGAGCUGCGACUGUCUGCAGGGUUUCCAGCUGACCCAUUCUCUGGGUGGUGGAACCGGCUCUGGGAUGGGCACCCUACUGAUCAGCAAGAUCCGCGAAGAGUAUCCUGACCGCAUCAUGAACACCUUCAGUGUGGUGCCGUCUCCCAAGGUCUCUGAUACAGUGGUGGAGCCGUACAACGCCACCCUCUCGGUGCACCAGCUGGUGGAGAACACGGAUGAGACAUACUGCAUUGACAAUGAGGCCCUCUAUGACAUCUGCUUCCGCACCCUCAAGCUGACCACACCAACCUACGGCGACCUGAACCACCUGGUCUCGGCCACCAUGAGUGGUGUCACCACCUGCCUCCGGUUUCCUGGACAGCUGAAUGCUGACCUUCGCAAGCUGGCAGUCAACAUGGUUCCUUUCCCCCGGCUCCACUUCUUCAUGCCAGGCUUUGCUCCCUUGACCAGCCGUGGCAGCCAACAGUAUCGGGCCUUGACUGUGCCGGAGCUGACGCAGCAAGUGUUUGAUGCCAAGAACAUGAUGGCCGCCUGCGACCCCCGCCAUGGGCGCUACCUGACAGUCGCAGCCGUCUUCCGUGGCCGGAUGUCCAUGAAGGAGGUGGACGAGCAGAUGCUGAACGUGCAGAACAAGAACAGCAGCUACUUCGUCGAGUGGAUCCCCAACAACGUUAAGACAGCCGUGUGUGACAUCCCUCCCCGGGGCCUGAAAAUGGCGGUCACUUUCAUUGGCAACAGCACAGCCAUCCAGGAGCUCUUCAAGCGCAUCUCUGAGCAGUUCACAGCCAUGUUCCGGCGCAAGGCCUUCCUGCACUGGUACACAGGUGAGGGCAUGGACGAGAUGGAGUUCACGGAGGCCGAAAGCAACAUGAAUGAUCUGGUCUCAGAGUACCAGCAGUACCAGGAUGCCACAGCCGAAGAGGAAGAGGAUUUCGGAGAGGAGGCUGAGGAGGAAGCCUGAGGUUAACCUGAUCCCAUUUAAAAAAUAAAGUCAAAUCAAUCCGCACAAAAUAAAAAUUAAAAAAAAAUUGCAUCUCCAUGUUCUAUUUCUUUUUCCUUUCCUCUCGAGCUUAGUCUGUCAAUCUCUUCUCUGGGCUUCUCUCAUGGAGCGGUCUCCAUUUUUCAACACUGGCUUGUGAUCAUCUCAUCUUUUCUGCGCAUUCUUUCUCAGUGGUGAAUGUGGCCUCUAAUGGCUGAUAGCAAGUAAAAGCUGGAUGUGGGGAUGAUAGGAGUCAUAGUCCAGCACAGUCAGGGAGGGCUGCCUGAUGCUUGUAACCACAGAAGUGGAAGUUGGUUGUUUUAAAAUGGAGACGUGUUCCUGAAAGAUAGGCUUCUACCCUUCCAAGUGUAGUGUUAUGUCAGUGCUGUCUGACUUCUGUUGGCGUGAGCUACUGACCCAAAUGGCCACAAAUUGGCUCUCCUGACAAGAAAGGUUUUCUGCCUUCGGGCAGUCGGUAGGAACAGUGCUAAAACAGUCUGGUCUGUGUGGGUGCCUCUCCUAGUAAGCCUAUAUUGGUUUCGCGAUCAAUACCUUCCAGGUGCUUAUCUCUGAAGAAACUGCCAUUGGAAGAAGAGGCAUACAUUGUAAACCACUAAUAACAUAGAGUAGGGGCAGGCAAGCUGUGACCCUCCAGAUAAUGAAUUCACAUCAGCUCCAUCCAAAAUGGCCCUUGCCCAGGGGUUGUGGGAGAUCUAGUCCAACCACAUGUAGGAGGCCAUGGAGUCCCUUUCCAAGAAUAGUCAAGUGUUGCCUACUGUGUGCCUUUAACUUGGCAUGCCCGGAGUAUAAAAACUAGCUGUGCUGAGCAUCGCAUCCCUGCCUCCUUCCCAACAACGCUUAUGCCCCUCACGAUCUGUGUCCCUGAGUAUCUCUGCUCUGUUCUCUGCUCUAAAGUCACCCAAAGUAUGAGGUCUAAAGGUGCCUUUUACUGUUUCUGGUUUAACCAAAACGUGAGGUGGUACAAAUUCCUGACCCUGAGCUAGAGUAAAUUUGUGCCCGAUCUUGCCUUUUCAAAGCCCCGAAGUAAUCAAAAGUAGGUGUUUGUUCACUGUGAAGCUUGCAUCUGCUCACUGAAUAGGAGUAAGCAGUUGCGAAUGCAGGCUAGCCCUUGCUUUCCAGUUACCGUGUUCGGUCUGCUUCACAGAUCUGCCCCAUAAAAUGGUUUUUUGCCCUGACUUGCAUAUGUCUGAACCCAACCCAGGGCAGUGGGACUUGUAGUCUGCCAUAGCUGGGGGAGUACCUGGUUUAGGAAGAUGGGUUGACGCUUCUUGAGAUAGCAUCUGCUUGCUUGCCUUUGCUAGUUGGAAGAAAACCAAACCAGAGUAGAUUGCAAAGGGAUUCAUUACCACUCAAGAACUGCUAAAAGAGGCAAACUUCUAUAAUGCUUGUCAAAGGUGUAGUAACAGGAGAAUUAAAUCUGAAUGAAAACUGAAGUGAAAACCCCUUGGAAGUGGGUCAGCUCCAAGAGGGCUGAGUAGAAAGUGACAGAACUGCGUUGGCUGAAACGGUGAUAGCUGAGAGGCUCUACCACCACUCGCGGCUUUUCAGUCUCUACUGCCUGUUACCUCUGCUCUCCCUAGCCCCGUGUCCUCAUUUUCCCCCUCAUCUUUUUUUAAACCUGCUUUUUCAUAUUGAAAAGAUGUCUUGUGAACAGAAAUAAAGGGUUUUUUUAUGUUUUC